AGCGAGCCCGGGAUUACCUGCACAAGACCGGACGCUUCAUCGUCAUCGGUGGCAUUGUCUCGCCCGUGCACGACUCCUACGGGAAGACGGGUCUGGUCUCCAGCCGGCACCGCCUGACCAUGUGCCAACUGGCGGUCCAGUCCUCCGACUGGAUCAGGGUGGACCCCUGGGAAUGCUACCAGGACACUUGGCAGACCACCUGCAGCGUGCUGGAGCAUCACCGUGACCUGAUGAAGAGAGUGACUGGCUGCAUCCUUUCCAACGUCAACACGCCCUCCAUCACCCCCGUGAUCGGCCAGCCCCAGAACGAAUCCUCGCAGACCAUCUACCAGAACAACAACAACGUCUCCAACAAGCCCACUGCGG